AUGGAGUCGACUCCGGUUGAGGAGAAGAACUCUACGAUCAGAUCCGUUGGAUUUUUGGCCAUCGGACUCAGUUUGGCCGCAACUUUCAGCUGUGUUCUUGGAGUUGCAUUUGUUGUUACGCAAGCCGAUGAGAUCCGAUAUGAGCUUCAUCGGGAACUUUUUGGAUUCAAGGUAAGUGAAAAAUCCUACGUUUCCCUAGCAAAUUCAGUUUUUUCAAAAAAAAAACUUUCGAAAAUUCUCCUUUUCCACUAAAAAAAUCAUUUUUUGCAAACGCGGUGACAAUAUCACAUAUUUAAAUACUAAAAUCUUACUUUUCAGCAAGACACCGACUUUCUUUGGACAUCCCUGAUGACCCAAUCUCAGCCUCGCCGUCUGAAGCGUCAAUACGACAGCUAUGCCCCUCCACCCGCCUCGGCUGCUUACGGUUCAAACCCUUAUGACUCAAUUCCAACCUCAUCUGGCGCUAAUGCCUAUGCUCAGCCUCCAGCCAAUCCCUACGCCUCCUCCGCCGGCUACACUGCCUCUUCCAGCUACGCCGCCGCUCCUCCCGCCGCUGGUUAUGAAAGCGGACCAGUCAAGGUUGGAGAUCGCAGCUAUGGAGCCUUCCAGCCAGCCGCUCAACCACCAGCCAUCCAAUUCUGCACUUGCGACGACUUCAAAUGCCCUCCAGGCCCACCGGGCCCUAAGGGUGUGAAGGGUAAGGAUGGAGAACAAGGAGAGCCCGGUAUUGACGGCGAGGAUGGAGAAGAAGCCCAAGACGCGCCAGCCCAAGUUCAACAAUACGAGAAAUGCUUCCAUUGCCCCUCAGGACAACCAGGUCCCCAAGGUCCUCCCGGUCGCCCGGGCCCUCGAGGAAUGCGUGGAGCUCGCGGACAACCCGGAGUGCCCGGACGUGAUGGCCAGCCCGGAUUCCCUGGUGGACUUGGCCCAGAAGGUCCACUUGGUCAUCGUGGAGAAGAUGGACCUCAAGGACUGCCUGGAGAAGACACCGAACACAAGGUUGGAUCGCCGGGAGCUCGAGGACAGCCCGGACCAAUUGGGGAUGCCGGUGAGCCAGGCAAACCCGGUCCAGACGGCCCAAUCGGACCUCAAGGACCGUCCGGAGAUCCAGGACUCCCAGGAAAGGCCGGAAAAGAUGGAGAACUCGGUCCCGUUGGAGAGCCAGGAGACGAGGGAGAACCCGGAGCCGACGCUACGUAUUGUCCUUGCCCCGGCCGGGGUGCUCCUUUGGCUGAGCCAAAGAAACAAGAAUCCCCAAAAGUCGAAGUGACCACCACAACUACCACAACAACUUCGAAGCCCGAUAUUGGCGUUGUGAAGUCGGGAUACGCCGUGAGACCACCGCAAUUCCAGCAGAGAUACCGAUCGGCCCUGAAUACGUACAGAAGAGCAAAAUUCUAA